AUGACGGCCGAGGAGGAGCGCCAAACCGCCCUUGAUUCCUACCGAGCGAAGCUCAUCGAGUCGCGCGAGUGGGAGGCCAAGCUCAAGAAUCUCCGGUUAGAGAUCAAAGACCUGCAGAAGGAGUUUGACAAGACCGAGGAUAACAUCAAGGCGCUUCAGAGCGUGGGUCAAAUCAUCGGCGAAGUCUUGAAGCAGUUGGACGAGGAGAGAUUCAUUGUAAAGGCGUCGUCCGGACCUCGAUAUGUAGUCGGUUGCCGAUCCAAGGUGGACAGGGCCAAGCUGAAGCAGGGCACUCGUGUGGCUCUCGACAUGACGACGCUCACCAUUAUGCGCAUGCUGCCGCGCGAGGUCGAUCCGCUGGUAUACAACAUGUCGCUCGAGGACCCGGGGCAGGUCAGCUUCGCGGGAAUCGGCGGCCUCAACGACCAGAUCCGGGAGCUCAGGGAAGUCAUUGAGCUCCCCCUCAAGAACCCCGAGCUCUUCAUGCGAGUGGGCAUAAAGCCGCCCAAGGGCGUCUUGCUCUACGGCCCCCCCGGAACAGGCAAGACGCUCCUGGCGCGAGCGGUGGCCAGCAGCCUGGAGACAAACUUCCUCAAAGUGGUCUCUUCGGCCAUCGUGGAUAAGUACAUUGGCGAGUCGGCGCGUCUGAUUCGGGAGAUGUUUGGCUAUGCCAAGGAGCAUGAGCCUUGCAUCAUCUUCAUGGACGAGAUUGACGCCAUUGGCGGACGGCGGUUUUCCGAGGGCACCAGCGCGGACCGAGAGAUUCAGCGCACCCUGAUGGAGCUUCUCAAUCAACUCGACGGCUUCGACUACUUGGGCAAAACGAAGAUUAUCAUGGCGACGAACAGACCCGACACGCUGGACCCUGCGCUUCUCCGAGCCGGCCGUCUGGACCGCAAGCUCGAGAUUCCGCUGCCGAAUGAGGUUGGACGACUGGAAAUCCUCAAGAUUCAUGCGCACAGCGUGGUGAUUGACGGAGACUUGGACUUUGAGAGCGUCGUCAAGAUGAGCGAUGGGCUGAAUGGGGCCGACUUGAGGAACGUGGUGACGGAAGCGGGCCUGUUUGCAAUCAAGGACUACCGCGACUCGAUCAACCAGGACGACUUCAACAAAGCCGUACGCAAGGUGGCUGAGGCGAAGAAGCUGGAGGGCAAGCUGGAGUAUCAAAAGCUGUGA